UCUCUUCCUGGGCCUUUUCCCGGAAGUGAGCUGCCGGUGUUUGUGUCUUUCGUCCACAUUGGCAGGAGGACUCAAGAUCCAGUUCAAAGCAAGUGGGAGCUAAAGGUGUUCGGAGCCAUGACUGAGACUGCAGCGGAUUGUGAGUUUCCUCAGAGACGACUCGGAAGUAAAGAGAGCCGCAACGGUAAUUUUAAAGAUAUGUCUGUUAGAGAACGACGGCAGCAGGAACGAGAAGAGCGUCUCUCUCUGGUGCUGUGGAGAAAGCCCAUCCAGACGCUGCAGUAUUCUUUCUUAGAGACACUCAUCACGUUGAAGGAGUGGACCUGGAAGCUCUGGUACAGAAGAUAUUCUGUCUUUUUGGUCCUAGUCCUUUUUUCAGUCUUCACAGUGGCCUACUCAAUAGAAGGAGCGCAUCAGACGUAUGUACAGUACAUGGAGAAGAAGAUCCUUUGGUGUGCCUACUGGGUAGGCUUGGGGAUUUUGUCAUCAGUAGGUCUUGGCACAGGCCUUCACACUUUCCUUCUUUACCUGGGCCCACACAUAGCCUCUGUCACACUGGCUGCGUACGAGUGCGGCUCUGUGAACUUCCCCGAGCCGCCAUACCCGACUCAGAUACUGUGUCCAGAGGAUGAGGGGAUGCAGGACAGCGUGUCCCUCUGGACCAUUAUGUCUAAGGUCCGGCUAGAGGCCUGCAUGUGGGGAGCUGGUACAGCUAUCGGAGAACUUCCUCCAUAUUUCAUGGCACGAGCGGCUCGUCUGUCUGGAUCUGAACCGGAUGAUGAGGACUAUGAGGAAUUUGAAGAGAUGCUGGAACAAGCCGAGAGCGCACAGGACUUUGCAACUAGAGCAAAACUGGCUGUACAAAACAUGGUUCAGAAAGUUGGAUUCUUGGGAAUCCUGGCCUGUGCCUCAAUCCCAAAUCCUUUGUUUGACCUGGCUGGUAUCACAUGCGGCCAUUUUCUGAUCCCGUUCUGGACCUUCUUUGGGGCAACACUGAUCGGAAAAGCAGUCAUCAAGAUGCACAUUCAGAAACUCUUUGUGAUCAUAACGUUCAGCAAGCACAUAGUGGAGCAGAUGGUCUCCCUGAUCGGGGCCAUACCCGGGGUUGGAGUUUCCUUACAGAAGCCUUUCCGGGAAUAUCUGGAAGCACAGAGAGCUAAGCUUCAUCACCCAGCUGGGGAUGGCACACCUGCGGGUGAGAGCUGGCUCUCCUGGGUCUUUGAGAAAGUGGUACUCGUCAUGGUCUGCUAUUUCAUUUUGUCCAUCAUAAAUUCCAUGGCACAGAGCUAUGCCAAGCGGCAGCAGCAGAGGAAGCACUCUGAGGAGAAAACCAAGUGAUAGACUCACAGUAAAUCAUCUCAGGCUCCCAUUUCGGAAACUAAGGAGUAUUUAACCUGGAAAAAAAAAACCCCAGAAUGGGCACUAAUUUAAUUUAACAUGUUGAAUCUCUGUGUACUGUUUUGUUCUACCCCCCCCACCCUCCCUCCAACUCCCUCCCUCCCUCCCUCCCUCCCUCCAACUCGUCUGUAGCGUUUAACUAUUCAACUCAGAUGUUAGAUCUUUUUACAGAGAUACAGGAAAUUAUUCGAGACCAUGGAUGGUAAAUAUUUGUUGCGAAGCCUUAUUGCAACAUUGCAGGGUCAUGCUUCCAUUGAACUGAAUACAGUUCUGAUCACGUCGAAUUAUUUAUUUCGUUUUGUGUUAGCAGUAUGAAUGGACAGGGUUGCGGUUUGUGAGAGUAGUGAUGCAGUUGAGUGUUUUUCUUUUUUUUUCCAGUUUCUUAACACAGUCUGAAGGCAUUUUCCUUUCUCUUAAACAGGGAUAGCAAUAUAAAAAAAAAAAAAAAAAGAAAGAAAA